UUGUUGCCGCCAAAAAAAAUUAAGAACAUAAGGCUAAUCAUAGUCUUAGCCUCAAUAAAAGCGUAAAUUAAGUAUACGACGUGCGACGUUGAUAUCAAGUAUACGCCACGCGCACACCCACCACAUUUCAGUUCAAGAUGCGGGCAAGCGGUGUAAGGCUGCUGGCUGUAAUGCUAUUGGCCAGCGUAUCCCAUCUUGGCCAGGCAUCGGAUUAUUUCUCUAGCAUCACAGGACUCGAGCAAUUGCUGCACACAGAGCACACAUUGAUGAGCGACUUGAAUGCGCAGUUGGCACAGACGAGGACGAUAUUGAAGCAGUUGGAGAAAGAGCUCGCCGCUAUCGAGGUGGAACAUGCAUUGGCUGCAAGAGGCACCGAGAACUAUCUAACCAAUCCAAUUAAUAUCUAUCGAUUGAUGAAGCGACUGCACAAUGACUGGUCACAACUCGAGAGCCGCGCCCAACAAAUGAGCAGCCAAAUCCAUUUCAAUAUCACACAACAGCACUACGAGUUAAAUUUCCCCAGUCAAGAGGAUGUCGAUGGCGCCGCGUUGGCAUUGGUUCGCCUGCAGAGCACCUAUAAAUUGGACGUGGCCCAAGUGGCUGCCGGCAUACUGAAUGGCAUCAAAUACGGCACGGACAUGAGCUGGCAGGAUUGCUUUGUGCUGGGUCAACAACUCUUUGAAAUGGAGGACUACAACAACACGAAAGUGUGGCUGCGCGAGUCCAUGGAACGCCUGCGACGCCAUCAGCUCGGCCAGCAGAGCUCAGCCGCUGAGCCGGCGAUAGUGAACAGCAUGGAGACGGUGGCAAAGAGUUUAUUCCAAAUGGGCGACUUUGACACGGCAUACGAGCUGAGCCAGCGCGUGCUUGAGCUCGAUCCAUCGCGCAUACGGAAUUGGCACCUGGGGGACAAGGCCGCCAAGCCGUCAUCAAAUCAGGGCGAUGAGUCGGAUGAGGAUGCGGCUGCACAACUACAACAAACGGAUGCUUACAAACUCACACAGGAAUUCGAGCAAUAUGAAAAGGUUUGCCGUGGUGAGGUCAUCGCCUCCCCCGCCCAACAGCGUCCGUUGCGAUGUCGGUAUACACACGGCCAUCAUGCAUAUCGAGUGCUGGCACCGCUCAAGCUGGAGGAACACCACUUGGAUCCGCUGGUGGUGACCUUUCAUGACAUGUUGAGCACACAGAAAAUCGCCGAGUUGCGACAAAUGGCUGUGCCGCAUAUGAAGCGUUCCACAGUGAACCAAAUGCGCGGCAGUUCGCAUCGCAUGAAGUCCGCCUUUCGCGUCAGCAAAAAUGCCUGGCUCGCCUACAACACGCACCCGACAAUGGGGCGUAUGUUGCGUGAUCUCCACGAUGCCACCGGCCUCGAUAUGACCUUCUGUGAGCAGUUGCAGGUGGCCAACUACGGUGUGGGCGGUCACUAUGAGCCGCAUUGGGACUUCUUUCGCGAUACUCGCCACUAUCCGGCCGAGGAGGGCAAUCGCAUUGCCACAGCCAUAUUUUAUCUAUCGGAUGUGGAGCAGGGUGGCGCCACCGCGUUUCCCUUUCUCAACUUUGCCGUGCGGCCGCAGCUAGGCAACAUAUUGUUUUGGUACAAUCUGCAUCGCUCCCUCGACAUGGACUUUCGCACAAAGCACGCGGGUUGUCCGGUGCUAAAGGGCAGCAAGUGGAUUGGCAACGUUUGGAUACAUUCGGCGACACAGACAUUUGCGAGGCCUUGUGACGUUUAUCGUGAUAAUGAGCUUUCCGAAGACUAUCAGAUUAUAAAAUAA